UGCAGCUUUGUUAUCUCCAGCUCUAUCCUGAUAGCCUACACGCCAUCAUUGCCUGUGUAGGAGGAGUGUUCCCUGUUGACAUACUGUGGCGUCCCAGCACUGGUGGGCCAGUUUCUGCGCGAUCUUUCAUUGACAUCUACAACCAGCUGGCUCAGGUGAUGGACCAACCCAGAGCAGGAAAACAGAAUGAUCCCUCUAUCAUUUGCAGCUUCUCAGCUCUGGAGCGUAAAGCCUGGGCAACCACCAGAGAAGAAAUCCUGAGUCAAGGAGGGGAUGCAGCAGCAUCACUGGUGCUGAUGGAGAGUGCUGUACUUACACUCUGUCUGGAUGACUGCGAUGCACCGUCUCAACUGGCUGAUAUCCUCAAUGCAGUUAGGCUGGGAGGAGGAGGAGACUGUCCACGUCUGAGAUACUAUGACAAGGUGGUGAACCUGGUGGUCUUCAAGGACAGCACAGCCGGGAUGGUGUUUGAACACAGUGCUGUGGAUGGGAUGGUGGCUGGGCUUGUGACUGAGCGUGUGUACAAUUUGUCAGAAACCGCUGAUUUAAACCUAGUCCAUACUGACACAGAAAGUAUGAAUGGGUCUGUCAAAGUAAACAGUGUUAAUUCUGUUUUCCCAACUUCCUUAACAUUCCCCUUGCAGGGCAUAAAUACACCCAAACCAAGCUCUAACUUAAAAGCAAUACACCCAGUUCUCACAUUUGAUGUGUCCUCAUAUCCUGAUGUGUUUUCUACUCUCAGAGGACACAGGGGCCUGUAUGAUGCUUGGAUCAACUUUUCUUUACAGCUUUCCCUGAGGCAGACUCUUGGGGAAUCUGCUGCCAGUCACAUCCUGGUCACACCUACCCAUAUGCGUCACUACAAACAUGGCCGGUGUGAUCCUACAUACUCACUCACAUUGCAUUCUCGAAAGUUAUUAGGUGCUUUGGCAUCCUGCGUUGGUCCAGAUAACAGUAUCCAAUACACUAAAGACCAUCUACACCUGUUUCAUGUUGCAUUUUUGGAGCAUAAGAGUCUUAUAAGAAACACCAAAAAUGGCCAAGGUGUUGGUCCCCAUAUAGCCGCCCUGCGUCGAUCAUUGCCAUCUGACAACCCAUUAAAGAAGUACCUGGACCCUUUCGGAUGUCCAUCUGUGUACCUAACAGGCACGGAUCUGAUGGAGGGUGUGGAGUGUGGAGUUGGAAAUGUUUAUGCCCAAGAUCAGCUUGCUGUAACCUAUCUUGGGAAGAGAGACAAGGUUCGCAUUGUGCUAAAUGGGAAAGGGAGCUUUGCUCUGGCACUGGAGAAACUUCAAGACAGCCUGAAGAAAAACCUGAAGUUAGUUAUGCUUCUAGCUGUACGAUAUGCGAUUGCACACCAAAUGGGAGCUCUGGAGAGUCUACUGAAACAGGGUCAAACUGACAAAACAAAUGUAGAGACAUAUCACUGUUCAGAGAGCCAAGACAAUGGCAAAAAUGCUGCUGACUCCACCUCUGGCAUGAGUCCAGACUACACUCUUGUCAUCCAUGGUGGCGCAGGAGAGGACAUGAUGCUGAACACUGACGUGAUUGGUGUCAUUGAGUUUGCUCUACAGACGGCCUUAACCCUUGGAUCCCAAGAGCUUCAACAAGGUGGCAGGAGUCUGGACUCAGUUCAGAGGUCAGUGGAAGCUUUGGAGGACUGUUUCCUGUUCAAUGCAGGUAAAGGCUCGGUAUUUAACAAAGAUGGCAAAAAUGAAAUGGAAGCAACCAUUGUAGAUGGCAGUGCAUCAAGAUCAGGGUCUGUUGCUUGUGUGCAAAGUGUGAAGAAUCCAAUUAAAGCAGCCAGAUGUGUCAUGGAGAAAAGCUCACAUUCACUCAUUGUGGGAGAUGGAGCUGAGGAGUUUUUGCAUGGGUUGGAGGAGAAAGAGAAGCCUGUUGGACCUGAGUAUUUCUACACUGAUAUACGUUACAGAGAGUUAACUGCAAAACUUAGUGGUAGAAAUACCUCAAAAAACAAUCACCCUCAAACAGUUGGAGCUGUGGCCCUGGAUCGCUGGAAUAGAUUGGCUGCUGCAACCUCCACAGGAGGGUUAGUUGGAAAGCUGAAAGGGCGAGUUGGAGAUACAGCAGUAGUAGGAGCAGGAAUAUAUGCUGAUGACAAGGUAGCUAUUACAUGCUCUGGAGAUGGAGAUGUAUUUCUGAGGCACACAGUUGCACAGAAAAUAGCCAGUCUGUACCAUUACAAAGGCUAUAGCCUUAGGCAGGCAUGUAGAGAAGUGAUGGCUGAAAAUCUGAAUGGGAUCUGUGCAGGAAUCAUUGCUGUGGACAUUAAAGGUGAUGCCAUCAUUGAAACAAAUUCUGGUGUGAUCUUUGUUGCCUCAAUGAUAAAUGGCAUUCCACGGGCAGAAGUCCUGAGGCCCGUGAAGAGUUUCUCUAAUGUAAUCUGGGAAACGGAUGAGCUGGUUGCUUACCUUAAUCCCAAGCCCUGGAUCCCUGGGUCAGCCAUUCUGACCAGAAAAGCUCUCAAUGGGGCAAGCAGCAUCUUCCAGUUGGCUACACCUGAUUUUGUGGCAAUGCUACAAGGAGCAAGGGCUGUGUCAAGCUUGCUAUGUGAGCGAUUGGGGGUGCAGCGCUGUGCUUUGGUUUUCAAUCCGACAUCUGGACAGGCAGCACAAAUCAGGCUUCUCCCACUUCAUGGCCUAGAGCCAAAAUGGCAGCCCCAUCUUGCCCAUGAAGAAGAAUUCCACACUCAUGAUCCAGGCUAUUGCACCUCAAAAAGUGGCCCUUGCUGGGAUGAUGAAGCACUGGCCCAGGUUCAAGCCAGGAUUAGAAGUGAACUGCCAACACCAAACGCACCCUCUUGUUUUGACUUUUUUGGAGAUGCUUCCAAUGAUGACCUGUUCAGUCGCAUUGUGCGUGGACAGCAACAACAGUGGAGAGUGUGGGAAGACAGUGAGCAUGUGGCCUUCCUCACACCAUAUCCAAACUCUCCUGGACUAACUGUUGUGGUGCCACGCAAGCCACUUUCCAGUGAUAUCUUCAAACUUGAAGAAGCUGAUUACAAAGCUCUGAUCAUAGCCACUUAUAAAGUUGCCCAACUACUUAAAGAGGGAAUGAGAGCUCGAGGUAUUGCACUGAUCUUUGAGGGCUUUGAGAUUGACUAUGCCCAUGCCAAGCUGAUCCCUCUGUUACCUUCACCUGAUGGCACUAACCUUGCUCAGAUGCAGCCAGAAUGCUGCCAAAGCUACCCUGGGUAUGUGUCAUCGUUGGAUGGCCCAGCUGCUGAUCCUGAGGCCCUCAAAACGAUCCACUCAAAAAUUACCCAGUGCAGGCCUCCUCAUUCAUGGGAAGAACCUCUGUCUCACCCCACUCUUGCCAUCAAGAGCCAGUGGUAUCGCAACCUGUUCCAGAUUCAAAACACUCUUUUCCACAGCACAGUGGAAUAUUUCCACAAUUCCUGCCACUAUUCCUAUGCUCUAACCCCUCUAACCACUGACACCAUCUCCUCACCUAUGGGUCUGGGAUCAGACUCAGAGCCAGUUUCUGUUAAUCUGCUGGGCCAGGAUGUCUACCUGGCUGACUCAAUGCAAUUUGUACUUGAAUACUUCCUUCGUUUCCAGGAGAACCUGCCAGGGACAUAUUACAUAUCUCCAAGCUUUAGAGGGGAAGAUCCUGAUGCCACACACUUGAAUCAGUUCUACCACGUGGAGUGUGAAUUGCUGGGUGACAUGGACAAUGCCAUAUCCAUUGCGGAGGGAUAUGUGGCUCAUCUCACCAAGUCUAUGUUGAAGAAUCACUCUGAUAAGAUCCUCGACACUGCUGGGACACUUAAACAUGUCACAGCCAUGCUGAGUAAGCUGGAUGGAAAGACCCCACUACCAAGAGUUCCUCUAGACCAGGCCAUUCCCAUGAUGCCCUCUGCUGACUGCGUUGAGUGGGUCCAAGAUGGCCAGCCCCAGUUUGGCAGAAAACUAACACGCAAAGGAGAACGGGUCUUGAUAGAGAAAUAUGGUGGUGCUGUCUGGCUGACUGAGAUGGACCAUCUAGGAGUCCCCUUCUACCAAGCAUAUGUGGAAAGUACUGGGCGGAGCAAAGCCAAAGCUGCUGACCUUCUCUUCGGGCUGGGUGAGACUGUGGGUCUUGGUGAACGUCAUUCCACCCCUGUAAUGGUACAGGAGGCCCUCAGGCACCAUGCAGUGCCAGAGCAGUCCUACAAAUGGUACAUAAACAUGCGGCAAAUGAAACCACUCCUCACCAGUGGAUGGGGCAUGGGGACAGAGCGCUACUUGUGUUGGCUACUUCAGCAUGAUGACAUCAGAGAUAUGCAUAUCAUUCCUAGGAUGAAAGGAAUAAAGUACAUGCCCUGAUUAUAACUCUUCCAUAGAUAUUUAGGCCACUAGAAGUAAAAUAAUAAUUGGGCCAAGGUAAAAUAUUCAGAAAUGUUGUGUUUUGGCUCUGAAACAUACUGUAAAUGCAUCAUUGUAAAAAGAGAAAAAGAAAUAAAUGUAGGUAAAAAUUAGAUUACCGGAAGUAAACCAUUCAUCGUUAAACUGUGAACAGUAAGAUUUGGUUUCUCUUCUUAGUGGUACAGCUACAUUUUCAAUAUGCUGCCAAGUAAGAAUGCACUACUACUGUAAGCAUGACAUGGAUUGUUUCAAUGUCCUCAUUUCUUUAGGACUUAUUAAUAGCAUUGGCAAAAUAAUUAGCUGAGCAGUAUAGAUUGUAUGAAGUUGUUCAGACUUUGCAACGACCACAUAAAGGAACAGAUUUGUUAAACUUCUUGGACAUAUUGUAUUAUUUUAUGUAAGAAAAUUCUCUACAUUGUUCUUCUGUAUGUUUUGUUUAACUUCUGUCACAUCUUUGUUUGUAAAGGAUUUUUGUGAAAGUUAUGUGGAUCAUGCAUCAUUGUUCUUUUUAAUGAAAUAAUAAAGACUUUUUAAACGGAUGCUACAGACAGGCACUGUCUGGAUGGAUUUUGUUUGUCUCAGGCCAGAGGGAAGCUUAAAUGUGUGUUUAAAUGUAGGAUUUUAAUUUCAGAUGAUGGAUUAUAGCACAGUGUGAGACUGGUAAAGAAAUUUAUCGCA